AUGUCUAAUACAGACUUCCUCGGCCGGGCCAUCGAUACGGUGAAAAAGGCAAUCGAGCUAGAUACAGCGGGGUCAUAUGAACAGGCGUACCAACAAUACUAUGCCGCUCUCGAACUCUUUAUGCUGGCGCUGAAAUGGGAGAAAAACCCGAAAUCGAAAGAGAUGAUCCGCGCCAAAGCAGGAGAAUAUAUGGAUCGGGCAGAGAAGUUAAAAGCACACAUUCAAGCCAACGAUUCCAGUAAUCGCAAGAAGCCCGCUGCCAUGGGCGUUAAUGGCAAAGCCGUCAAUGGUGCCGGGAAAGGCGAGAGCGGAGAUAAAGAUGAGGAGGAUGCGGAUAGUAAGAAAUUACGGGGACAACUGACGGGCGCCAUCUUGACGGACAAGCCCAAUGUUAAAUGGGAGGAUGUCGCCGGGUUGGAUGGUGCCAAAGAAGCCCUGAAAGAGGCAGUCAUUCUGCCUAUCAAAUUUCCCCAUCUGUUUCAGGGAAAACGGCAACCGUGGAAGGGCAUAUUACUUUACGGCCCUCCGGGGACGGGCAAAUCAUACCUGGCCAAAGCGGUUGCCACAGAAGCAAACAGCACGUUCUUCAGCGUCAGCUCUUCGGACUUGGUCAGCAAGUGGAUGGGGGAGUCAGAACGACUGGUGAAACAGUUGUUCAACAUGGCGCGCGAGAACAAGCCGGCAAUCAUCUUUAUCGACGAGGUCGACGCUCUUUGCGGCCCAAGAGGAGAAGGCGAAUCCGAAGCUUCAAGACGUAUCAAGACGGAGUUACUGGUGCAGAUGGAUGGUGUGGGCAAAGAUUCCAAAGGUGUCUUGAUUCUGGGCGCAACAAACAUCCCUUGGCAACUCGAUGCGGCCAUUCGAAGACGUUUUCAACGACGAGUUCACAUCUCAUUGCCCGAUCGGCCCGCGCGCAUGAGGAUGUUUGAACUUGCGGUUGGAGAUACCAAGUGUGAGAUGUCCCAGGCUGAUUACAAGUCUCUCGCGGAUCUCAGCGAAGGGUAUUCUGGAAGCGAUAUCAGUAUUGCGGUACAAGAUGCACUGAUGCAGCCGGUGAGAAAGAUCCAAACGGCGACACAUUACAAGAAGGUGACAGUCGACGGGGUUGAGAAACUGACGCCCUGCUCGCCUGGCGAUAGCGGCGCAAUGGAAAUGACCUGGGUGGAUGUGGACUCGGAUCAAUUACUCGAACCGCCUUUGGUGGUGAAAGACUUCAUCCGCGCCAUCAAAGCGGCCAGACCGACCGUAUCUGCCGAGGACCUUAAGAAAAACGCAGAAUGGACGGCCGAAUUCGGAAGUGAGGGUGCUUGA